AUGCCUCCGCUAACCUGGAACACAUGUCUACAGAUGCCUCUCUUCCAUAUCGUCUGUGGACCAUUUGCUAUCAUCGUCGCCGCCAUCAUCCUCGGCAUCCGCCUCCGCGUCCGCAGCCGCGCCAAGAGAGCGAAUGCGAAAACCGUCCUCCCCCUCCACGAACAUCAAGCCCCGCCGCCGGCCUGCUGCGAUAUCAAGGAGAAGCAGGAGCUCGCCGUCGUCGUCGCCGAGAUUCCAUGCCGGGUGCAGAAGAUUCGGCCGAGGUUGAACUCGUUCUGCGGUGUUGGAGAUAGGUUCGGUGUUGUUGUUGGUGGUGGUGGUGGUGGUGGAGUGCCGGUGGCAGUGGCGUCUGAGGAAAGGGUUGGCGAUGGAUUCGUCAUGAGGGGAUAA